AUGGCCAGCUCUCCGCCUGGAUCGCCUGCGGGCAUCCCUUCCCGGCCGGUGAGCGCGAUGAUGAGACCGCCGAGAACAACCAGUCGCAUGAGCAUGACCAGCAAAGGUGGUGGAGGCAGUCGCGCUUCGGACGAGGACGGGAAGACGUCUGUGAAAGUUGCUGUUCGCGUCCGUCCGCCACUCAAACCAACUGAUCCCGGAUUCGAACUCAUCCCACAACGAUUUCAGCGAUCUAUGGUCCAGGUCACUUCACCUACAAGUUUAGCGAUCGAUUCGCCCCAAGGCCGCAAACUCUUCGUCUUCGACCGCGUUUUUGGGGAAGAUGUUACCCAGGAAGGCAUAUGGGACUACCUGAUUGAGAGUGUGAAUGCCUUUGUCCAGGGCUACAACGUUUCCAUGUUGGCAUACGGCCAAUCUGGCGCGGGGAAGUCGUACACAAUGGGAACAUCGGGACCGUCUGAGCAAGGUGACAUGGAGAUGAUGGGUGUCAUUCCUCGUGCAGGAGCUGCACUCUUCGAGAAACUCGAUGGUGCACGACCAAGUAACCGAAAUUCAAUGUCUGGGCUGCGAACACCAACUAGGUACUCCGCCAAUGCCGCAGCCAUGUUGGCGAGAGGUGCAGAGAAGAACUGGUCCCUCAAAGCCACCUAUGUCGAGAUUUAUAACGAGCAGCUGCGAGAUCUACUGCUUCCAGAAAAUGUUCCUCACAACGAGAGGGGAGCUGUAACGAUCCGAGAGGAUGUCAAGGGACACAUUCUUCUGACUGGCCUCCAUACAGUUGAGAUCAACUCAGUUGAUGAUCUAAUGGCUGCCCUUAAUUUUGGGUCUAUGAUCCGCCAAACCGAUUCCACUGCUAUCAACGCCAAGUCCUCUCGUUCCCACGCUGUCUUCAGUCUGAACUUGAUUCAACGCAAGAGCAAGUUACAGACUGCACAAGGCGCCGAAAAGCGAUUCUCGGUACCACUUGAAGCCAUGACUGGAGGCGACACCAUGGUCACAAUCGACAGCAAGCUACACUUUGUUGAUCUGGCUGGUAGCGAAAGACUGAAAAAUACUGGGGCACAAGGCGAACGUGCCAAGGAGGGAAUCUCAAUCAACGCUGGGCUUGCGAGUCUAGGAAAAGUCAUCUCCCAAUUGUCCUCUCGCCAGGCCGGAUCUCACGUCUCGUAUCGCGACUCGAAACUUACUCGACUACUACAAGAUUCUCUAGGUGGUAACGCGAUCACGUACAUGAUAGCAUGUGUCACUCCAGCAGAGUUUCACCUCAGCGAAACUCUGAAUACCGUGCAAUACGCGCAACGUGCUCGAGCAAUUCAGAGCAAGCCUAGAAUUCAACAGGUCUCGGAUGAGAGUGACAAGCACGCUUUGAUCGAUCGCCUGAAGGCUGAAGUUGCCUUUCUCCGGGAGCAGAUCCGAAGCACCGAACGUGGAGGCGAUCGCCGGAGCCAUGCAACCAUUGAGAGGCCUGAGCGACAAAACGAACGCGAAGUUGAACUUCAGAAUCAGCUGCUCGACACGCAAGAAAAUUACACUGCCCUGAGCCAACGACACGCAAAACUCAUCUCCGAGAUGGCAAGGGCGCGAGAUGGCGAAUUGGCCGACAACCAAGCUUAUGAAGAAACUCUUGGCGAGAGUGCAACAGAAAGAUUGAAGCGCUCAAACUCGUUCGCCGAGGCAGUGGAGCAGGUUGUUUUGGAAUAUGAAAAGACUAUUCAGAGUCUUGAGCAGUCUCUUUCCAGCACGCGGGGUUCACUCUCAAAUUGCGAGACCAUUCUCCUCGAAAAAGAAACCAAAUGUGCCUACGUUGAGACGGUGAACCAGCAACUGCAAGCUCGCUUGCAAAAGCUCAUUGACCGCGAAUCCAGCACUGAACAUUACCUUCACGACCUUGAAGCCAAACUCGACGGCCACACAUCUGGUGAGGAGAAGAAUUCCGCGAUCGUGAUGGAGCUCCGCAAAGAAAUCGCUCGCGUUCGCGAAAAUGAAGCAGCUUGCGAGGACUACAUCUCAACUCUCGAGGAACGACUUGCCGAGGCCGAUCAGGACGCGGAGUUGAUGCAGCGUGAGAUCGACCGCUUGGAACAUGUCGUUGAGCGUCAGCGAAGUUUGGGCAAGCUCGACAACCUCCUCUACGAGCUCGACCAUAUUCAGCAAGACGGUAAAAACGCUGAAGCCGAAGCCGUCGUCGUCAAUGGCAAGCGUUCAGCCUACGAGCAUUCUCGUCAACAGAGCUAUGCCAGCAAGCGAAGUCACAAGGACGUUAUCCUAGAAGAAGGAGACGACGAGCUUCCGACUACGAAUCCCGAAGAUGCUCACCGAACUGAAGCUGAAGGUCCUGCAGACAAUGGUGAACCCCUUGAUGGUGAAGUUCAGACUUCUCUUGAAGCAGUCAACAAUCACUACCCUCCUCAAAGUCCGGCCCAAUCCAAGUUCGUUGAAGAUAAAUUGGAGAAUGUCACCCAGGAGCUCUUUGAUCUCAGGGUAGAGCACGAGUCCACGAUGACCGAAUUUGAUCUUCUCUCCGCCAAGUACGAAGAAGCCCUGCGCACUCUUGCCGAACUCCAAGACGCUGUUGAUGAAGCACGUCACCCGAAUCCUCGUGAUUCAAUCUUGUCGACAUCCACUCCGGUUGAGGCAAGACCCACAUCUUUUUUAGCAGACGCGAGGGUGAACGAGCUAAAGGAUGGAGGACAAUUUUCAUCCUCGCGAUCGCUCUCUUCGGAAUUGUCCUCAGCUGGGGAAUUACCCACUACUAUGGAAAUAUCUGAUGCUGAAGCCGCGAACAAGAAAUCGGAGUCUGGGGAUGCGACGAGGAGUGUUGCCAAUGACGAGACGAUUGCGGUGGAGGUCGAAACACUACGAAAGCUCGCAGCGGAGAAGGAGCAUGCACAACAACUCUUAGCUGAAAAGUAUGCCCAGCUCGAGGAAGAACAUAUGGAUGCGCUUGACCUUGUCGAAGAGCUCAAGACCGAGGUUUCAAAAGCAAAGAUGAACGAAGCCAGCUCCCCACGCUCUGCAACUCCUGUCAUCCGUCGCAAGUCCAGUCAGAAUGUUAUGAUCAUUGAUAAAGCACACCGAGCAUUUGCCUCGCUCCGAAAUAUCGCCACGGAGAAUUUCGAGAGCAGUCCUGAUGUCAUGGCAAACUUCGAGUUGAAUCUUAACACUGCAAUGCACGAGUUGCAUGCCCGCUCGGAAAGGGUUCAAGAAUUGGAAGCAGACAUCACAGCUGUGAAGAAGGAGAUGGAAACGAAAAUGCUGAUCAUCUCUGGCUUGACUCGUGAGCGUUCCAGCAUGAAAUCUUCACCUAUGGACAUGUCAGUUGUCUCAUCAAUGCGCGAUCAACUGUUGCAGAGCGAAGCUCAGAUGAGAUCUCUACGUGAGACCCAUUCCGCCCGAGAGCAGGAGCUUAAGGGUGAAUUGGAAAACCUUCGCGCAUCUUUGGAGGCUCAGUCCACUCCGUCUACCAACGACAAAUCACUGGCAGCGUCGGCUGACCUCCAACAGGAGAAGAUUGCUCAGCUUCAGGCCGACUUGGCCAGUUGGGAAGAUCGGCAUCAAACGGCACUUGCUUCCAUGGAUAGUUCGGAGAAGCAGAUGUUGGCGACUAUCGCCGAACUUGAGAGACAGGUGGCCAAUUUCAGUGAAGAGCAGAAAGCCCGAAAUUCUGGCGAUGAGAGUGAUCUCGUCAACGUCCUUCAGAAAGAAAUCGAUGUACACAAGGCUGCUGUGACCGCUAACGUUGCCCGUGUGGCUGAACUCGAGCAAUCCCACGCUACUACUCGCAACCAACUUGAGGAAGUGACGAAGUCCAGAAACAUCGCCAGUGCAGAGGUGGAAGGGCACAAGACACUUGUCGCUAGGCUCGAACAACAAAUUGCCGAGCAUGAGACUAUCGUCAAGACGCACCAGGAUGGCCUUGAUCUUUUGCAUGCAAACCACGCCAAGGAAAUUGAGACAAUCAAAUCGACUAUGCAAGCUGACUCUGAAGCCCAUUUGGCAGAUCUCGCCGCCAAGCAUCAGCAAAGCGUUGAAGCACUGCAAGUUGAAUUGUCGGAGGCCCGCGAUGAACUCACCAAGAUUGCCACCCAAGUCGCCUUUGCUCUUGGUCUUGACGUUAGCACCGAGAAGCUUCAGGAGAGGAUUACCGAUCUUCUUGCGGAUCAAAAAGCCCUAGCUGAGGAAACGAAGAAGAGCGUCAAACUAGAGAACCAUGUCCUUGACCUUUCUAGCAUCAACGAUACUGUCAUGAAGGAACUGGAGUCCGUCAAGGCUGAGCUUGCCGACUUGUUGCUUCAGACUGCCGAUGGUGUCAAAUUGAGGGACGAGCAUGCCACCGUCUCUGAGCAAUUGGCAGCAUUGAGGAAGGAGAUGACCAAUCUGGAGACAAAGAACAGAAAGAAUUCCCGUCUGGUGGAGGAACUGGAGGAUCAGUUGGCGUCUAAUUUCGAUCAGCAUCAAAUUGCCAACAAUCGCCUAUCUACACUUCAGACUGAGCGAAAUGCCCAACUCGAAGAGGCCAAUGCGGCUCAUGUUCGUGUCCAAACGGAACUCGAAGCUAUCAAAGAGGAGUACGCAACACUUCAGGCCAAAUUUGAGGAGGUCCAACAAGAACCUGGCCCAAACCGCUCCAACUCAAUCAACUCGCAUCUCCGUAAAUCUGCCUCUGUGGCCUCUUUGCCUUCCCCUCCACCUGCCAUUCCCUUGCCUCCUCUCCCUGGAAGCAUCGGUGGCCAAAUAUCACCAACUGCAAACGCAGCUUCAGUGCCAGUUCCACCUACACCAACACAAGCCCACCGUCCUAGCAGCAAAGAUCUUGCGGUCGCCCAGAUCCACGAAGACCAAGAAGCUCGCAUUCGUACCAUUGAGAAGCACCUCUUCGCUGAGAAGCAGCUCACUCAGACUCUAGAGGAAGCUCUUACCGAUCUCGAGAGACAGAGCAACAAGAUGAAGGGCGAAGUUGAUGCAUGGAGACGACGUGCGUCUGAACUUGAACAAGAGCUCAGAGAGGCCAAGGAGAGGGAGAAGAACGGCGGAUCAGACAAGGAGAACCGAUGGAGCAUGCUCCAAGUCGAAGAGGAGCGAAAGAAGAGGCGGGACGCAGAAAUUGCCCGAGCACAUUUGGAGGAGAGGAUGAACGCCAUCAGCAAAAAGAAGAAAAAGGGAAGCUUGAACUGCUUCUAA